UAACAAUAUUCUAUUUUAUUUAAUUUUUUAUGGAUAAUGGUGUAAGAACCGUCCUGAAACUCUUGAUUUUUAGAAUUCAACACGCGUACUAUCUCAGACAAUCUACUCAACAAUUUGCAUAUUUUUUUUAAACUAUUUGAAGAUAGCAUUAUUACUUUUUUUUUGCAAAAUGAGCGGGGACAGAGCAAACUUCCUCUCCCAACCUGUUGUAAAGAAUGUGCUGGUAUAUCGGAACGGUGACCCGUUUUUCGAAGGGCGACGACUGGUUGUAAAUGAGAAAAGGGUACCCAGUUUUGAAUCUUUCUUGAAAGAAGUGACUGGUGGGGUUCACGCUCCUUUCGGGGCUGUCAGAAACAUUUACACACCAAGAGCCGGGCAUCGUGUGGGCUCGCUGGACGAUUUGCAGAGCGGAGAACAGUAUGUAGCGGCGGGCAGAGAGAAAUUUAAAAAAAUUGAUUACCUGCAGAUAGGAGCAAAGAAGAAAAAACCCACUCAGAAUAACACUUUGCAGAUAAAGCCAGUGGCCCACAGUAGGAUAGUUGUAUCUGCAAGAUUUCUGAGACCGAUUCAAGAGCCAUGUGCUAUUUUUGUGAUUGUAAAUGGAGACAUCUUAAAUCCAGCAGUCCGGCUGUUAAUACCAAGGAGAAUUCUUUCACAAUGGGAUCCUGUCCUGGAAAUGAUUACUGAGAAAAUGCGCUUCAGAAUUCUAGGUGCUGUACGAAGCCUUUACACUUUGGAUGGAAACCUUGUCAGUGACACAAAAGAACUUGAAAAUGGACAGUUUUAUGUGGCAGUUGGGCGAGAAAAGUUUAAAAAUCUUCCUUAUGGUGACCUCAUUUUUACUAAACCAGCACCAACAAGAAGAUACAAUGGGUCCAAGGCGUUUUCACUACCUCCUAUUUUUAGGUUUAGAAAGCAUAAGGAGAGUGUGGGAGAUCGUCAGAGCAAAUCCACUGGUGGUUCGAGCGAUACAGGGGAUCCACUGGCUUCUCCUCAGCCUCAACUCCCGAAGAUGAAAGGGAAGGAGGAGCAGUUGUCAGCAACGAAUGAUGCUGUUCAUCAUGGGAAACCGGUAAAAGUGAAACAGAAUAAAGAUGAAAUCGCUUCAAACAUCCCCCCUGACAAUGCUGAGGAGCACUUAUCCCUUGCUCAGCUCCACAGGCUGCGUUUCUGA